AUGCUUCCAAUUAAAUAUUAUUCAACAUUAGAGUAUUAUGCUGUUCAUGUUGGACAUAAUUCAGGAUUAUAUUUAUUUUGGAAUAAAUGUAAAGAACAAGUUCAUAAAUAUCCCAAUGCUAUGUAUAAAAAAUUUGAUACAAAGCAAUAUAAUGGAAAACCUAGAGCUAUUGCAAGUAUUGGAGUAUUUUUUACAGAUAAUGAUCAAUGUAAUUUAUUAGAAAGAUUACCUGGUUUACAACAAACAAAUAAUCGAGCAGAGCUAUUUGCUAUGAUAAGAGCAUUAGAAAUAUGUGAUAAGAAUCAGGAUAUAACUAUUAAUACUGAUAGUACAUAUGUUAUAAAUUGUUAUAACACAAAUGUUAAGAUUAAUUCUGAUCUUGUAAAUAGAAUGAAUUAUUUGAUCAGAGAAAGAGAAGGAAAAACAUAUUUUAAUCAGGUAAAAGGAUACUCAAGAAUAUAUAAAAAUGAACAAGCAGAUAAAUUAGCAUAUUUAGGAUCAUUAAAAGAAUAUAUAAAAGAUUUUAAUUUUUCAUCGACUAAUAGAGAAAAGAUAGAUUUUUAUUUCAAGAAACAGAAUAAAAAAGAUGACUCAGAAAAUAUAACUGAUUCAUACUUGCUAGAAUUUACACGUGUACUUCAAUUAUUAGAGGAAAAUAAUAACAAAAACAAGUUAUUGAUUGAGACAAGAAACAAAAAUAUUUACCUGAUGCUUAGUGAGAAUCGAAUCAAGAAAUGGUUAAAGAAUAAUUGGUGUUAUCAUGAAUCAAUUGUAAAAUUAAAAGCUCCCAAAGAAAUUUGUAUACGAAUUAAAAAUCUAAUAGAUAGUCAAACAAAUGAAAUAGAAUUUAAUAAUUUAACUAGCAAACGUUAUGAUUAUUGUUAA